AUGAGUAAUAAACUUAGUGAUGGGUUCAAACCAGAGAAGUCAUCUCUGUCAUAUGCAGAUCUUAAUAACGAGAUUACCAAAAAUGAUGCGGAUAGUUAUUUAAAACAUUUACCAAAUCAACAAAAGCAAACAACCCGAAGAAGGGAAAAUGAUGAAGAUGAGCUUGUUAUGCACAUGUCAAGUUUACCAGGUUAUUUGGAGAGGGGUGAAAAAGUCCCCGAGAAAGUUUUGAACGUCGGGGUCCUUGAUUGGGCUAGUCUAGAACAUUGGCAGUACAGCCAUAAACAUGUACCCCACAGGAGUAGUCAGAGUUCAACAUCUUCUAGUAAUACAUCGUCAUCUAUUCGCCCGGAGGAAUUAUCUGGUAAUUCUAGAAGGGGUCUGAAUUGGUCUCCUCAUAUAAGGAUAAUCCCUCCGUCAGUGCAAUCUCACUCUAUUGCUUCUACAAAACAAGACAGUUCUAUAGCUGUUAAGUCCUCUGCAGAAAAUUUUGGAAAUCGUGUGAAUCUUAGAGGUAGGCACAGUAGUUUUGACAUACAGAGAAGAAAUGUUCGGACUGUUGAUCAUCUUUCCCGAAACCAUCCUACUAGUAUACUGAAAGGAAGUGAUAGGUUGGAAAUGAACACACGAGAUGAUCAAAUGGAAAAGAAAAAGGAGAAUUUACCUAGAGAACAAAAUGGUGAUAUUAAUGCACGUGAUAUGCUUGGGAAAAGCAAACCAAUUGUUCUUAUUUUACCUAGAGACAUUCCUCAAAAAAACAAUCAUUCUGGAGCUUCUGAUAAGGGAACAACCUUGGAUCAGAAGUUAGGAAGCCAUAGUCAAAAAAGAAAUUUAGUAAAUCCUAAGGAACCGUCCUGUACAUAUAUGAGUUGCAAUGUUUCAAAAUCCUGUUCUUUGGCAGAUGAACUUAGUCAAAGUCAUUCUCAGCCUAAAGAGUCAUGGUCCAGUUCCUUAGAUUCAGAAAGUUUCAAAAUUCCUGUUUCUACUUUUUCAGUACCUGUACCCGGCAGAAUGGGAAUGAGCCCAGACAGAUCUAGAAAGGUCGAGGAAAGAAAACCCAGCAUUGCUGGAUCUUCAUCUGCAAAUGGACCUCCCAGAGAAGUAGAUACAAAAGUAACUACCGAUCAGAAAGUAACUACUGAAAAAACAAGAAGCUCUUCACCUUUUCGCCGAUUAAGCUUCAGCAUGGGAUUCACAAACAAAGUUUCUGGGUGUAAGGAAGUUGCACAUGUGCCACACCAGAGCUCAAUUGCAACACAUAAACCUAGUUCAGAAAAUGUGAGAGGUUAUGGUAGCUCAAACAUUCAAGACAGCAGUGAAAAAUCUAGAAGUUCCAGCAAAAGCAGGGCCAGCCCUUUGAGGAGAUUCCUUGAUCCACUAGUGAAACCAAAGGCAGCAAACUGCCAUCAUUCCUUGGAUUUACCUCAAAAAGAUUCAGAAAAUGCGAGAGGUGGUGCUGGGUUAAACAUAUCAGGGAACAAAUCAGGUACUGCAGGUAAAGGCAGGUCAAGCCCUUUAAGGAGAUUACUUGAUCCACUGCUGAAACCAAAGGCAGCAAACUGCCAUCACUCCAUGAAUUUAUUUCAAAAAGAAACAGUGUCAACAAAUAAGAACUGUAGGUCAGGGAAUGGGACAUGUUCCACUAUACUUCCAGCCAAAGAAUUGGACAAGGACGGGAGGUUUGGUUGUUCCACAGCUAACACUGUAGAAUCGUCGAAUGAAGAGGCGCAUAUGCCAUCAACAUCUCAAUCUGUACUGAGAAUUUCCAUGAAGAAUGGUCAGCCCCUUUUUACAUUUGCUGCUGGCAACAAUAGCAACAUUCUUGCUGCCACAGUGAAGAGAUCCACUGUAUUAAAAAAAGAUGAAUGCAACUGUAUCUAUACUUUUUACACCUUUAAGGAGAUUAAAAAGAAGAAUGGAAGCCGGACGAAUCACAACGAAAAAAGCAAAGGUCCUGAUUAUGUUCGCCAUGUCAUUGCCCAAAUGAAGCUUUCUGAUAUGCACUAUCAUGAUUCAAAUAGUCAGAAUCGUGUGGAGUCUAUCACAAAAGAAUUUGUUUUGUUUUCUGUAAAGCUAAAGCAAGGAGAUCCUCAGGUGACUGAUUAUCAGCCAAAUGAUGAGCUUGCUGCCAUAGCUGUCAAUUAUGCGAAUCAAAACAGUUGCCAGAAUGAAAGUCAAGAUCUAUUACAGGUGACAGCGGUGCUUCCAAGUGGGGUUCAUAGUCUUCCAAGUGAUGGUGGACCUUCAUCGCUGAUUGAGCGCUGGAAAACUGGUGGAUCCUGUGAUUGUGGUGGUUGGGAUUUGGCUUGUAAACUAAAAAUUCUUGCAAACAAUAAUCAAACGUGCAGAAAAUCAAGAACACCGGAAGCUUAUUUUGCAGGCCAAUAUGAGCUUUUCUUCCAGGGAAAUGACCAAUGUCAAGAUAGCCGUCCUGUUUUCAGUUUUUCAAAUUUUGAAGCUGGAGCAUAUUCAGUAGCUUUCGGCUCAUCGCUUUCACCCUUGCAAGCGUUUUCAAUCUGCAUAGCAAUGUUGGAUGGCAAGCUCCCUUGUGAACUUUCUGGAUCAAGAAACUCCAUUGAGGGAACAAAUAGGAGGCAAUCUCAAUUGGUUCAGACAGAUGAUUCAAAAAUGGCUCAUGGUAAAUCUGAGGACAUUCCUGCAAGUUAUGUUGCUUAUCCUCCAAUCUCUCCAGCUGGAAGGGUCUAA